AGAAAAACUGCCGAUAACCAACUAAAAAUACUCAACUUCCACCUCAGCCGCAACUCAACAUCACCUCACUCUCCAACACAACCACAGCAAGCUCUGGUUGAAGUUCAUACUCAGGUGGCCACGUUAUACACACCCGCUUCGAAAUGUCGUUCGGUCGUCCCGGAAAUCUUCGAGACACAUUCACGGUGAGUCCGCCGGACCGAGGCUCGUUCCCGUUGGACCACUUCCACGACUGCUCGUCGUUCAUGAAGACUUAUCUCGGAUGUCUCCAGGCCAACCAACGAGACCAGUCCAAGUGUCGGGUCGAGUCGAAGAACUACCUGGGCUGUAGGAUGGAGAAGGGCUUGAUGGCCAGGGUCGGCUGGGACGAGCUCGGACUGGCCGACGUGCCCGGAAACGGCGGGAUGAAAGACGACCCUGCUCUUUGA